GUGAGGUUUCCGUGGAGACAGCCGAUCCUGCGGAAGGCGGCGACGGCGGCACCUGCGAGCGGAGACAGGGACAGGGCAUGGUGGUGCUGACUGCGUUGUGAGAGCGGAGCGGCCGCGGGGGCCCGCCAUGCGCCGGCGGCCCUGACAUGGGCGCCAGCGGCUCCAAAGCUCGGGGCCUGUGGCCCUUCGCCUCGGCGGCGGGGGGCGGUGGCCCGGAGGCAGCGGGCACUGAGCAAGCUUUGGUGCGGCCUCGAGGCCGAGCGGUACCCCCCUUCGUAUUCACGCGCCGCGGCUCCAUGUUCUAUGACGAGGAUGGGGAUCUGGCUCACGAGUUCUAUGAGGAGACAAUCGUCACCAAAAAUGGGCAGAAGCGGGCCAAGCUGAGAAGGGUGCAUAAGAAUCUGAUUCCUCAGGGCAUCGUGAAGCUGGAUCCCCCCCGCAUCCACGUGGAUUUCCCAGUGAUCCUCUAUGAGGUGUGAGCCUGGGGAGUGGCAGACACAAGCACCUCCCACCCCAGCAGGAAACCCCCAGGCUCAAAGUGUGGCUUUCACUAAGGAGCCCAGGCCGGGGCCACAGCCCUGAAUAAGCUCCGUUGGCCCAGAACCUUCAGCUGUGA